UACAUUAUAAAAAGGUGUAUCUGUUUUAUCGAUUUCAUAUUAAACACCUCGUAAUAUUACUUCUCAUGUAAGGUUAUUGAACUGUCUUUAGUAAUGGCUAAAGUAUUUUUUUUAUCAGAAGCGUUAUGCAAUUUCUGGAAGGAAGAAAUUCCACCCUUACCUGAGUGGGAAAUACCUCACAACAAUCUCCUGUCUGGACCCAGAAUCAUCAUAUGUUUCUAUAUUAUUAUUAGAGAGUUCAGGCAUCAAGUCAACCGUGACAGCGUGUCGAUGAUACCUUAUCAACUUUAUCAGCCGUCGUGCUCACCGUUUUGGAGCGUUUUGGGAGAGAAUUUCCUCGAUCGAGCCGCGAAUAGAGGCGCAAUUGUAUCUGAGAAAUACCUAGGCAGUCAGUACUUAAACUCGGGUCAACUGCGUCGCACCGGCGAGCUAGCGAUCGGCUGGGCAAAUGAUUAUUUAAAGCACGCCAUCAACGCAGAACGAGACCCACGAAACGCGCUAGGUAAGAAGAUACAGAUACUCUGUAUCUCAGCUCCCGCAUUUUGUAGGCGAAGAUACUUCUGCUCCCCUCAACAAACUCGUUUCCUGCUGCCAGAGACGCUGUUGUUCCACGAUAAUUAAGUAAACAAAGUAAACAAACAGUUUGCUCAAGUAAAAGUGUUCUGUCGGAGGAAGUAACUCAAUCCCAUUAUUACAUAUUAUUUUUCAUGCAAAUCAAACUAAAAGUGAAACGUGUACACGGUAUAUAUGUGUAUUUAAUUAUCCAUUGCUUAUCGAAUUUAAUUGUGCUGAAAAUGAAGGCUCUUUGGCUGUGGUUGAUUCCAGUGUCCGUCCUAUUUUUGCUGGGAUUGGAGCAAGUGGAAUCCAAGAAAUAUCAGCGCUGUGAACUCACACGGGUGUUGGUGGAGAAUUAUAACUUUGACAAGACUUUUCUAUCUAACUGGAUAUGCUUGGUGGAGCAUGAAAGUGAACUAAACACCAGCAAGAUCACCCCGAAGGAGAACAACAGUAAAAACUACGGUCUCUUCCAAAUCAACAGCAAGAACUAUUGCUCUGAGGGACGAAAAGGAGGACAAUGCAACAAGAAAUGUGAAGACUUCUCAAACGAUGACAUUGGAGACGACAUCGUCUGUGCCAAGAUGAUCCAGGAACGCGAGGGCUUUAAGUACUGGAAGGGCUGGGACCGUUUCUGUCGCAAUCCGCAGAAUCUGCCCAAUCUGCGUGUGGCAUGCAACCUGCGCAGCCUGUCGCCCCUGCGGACGCCUCGCGGCUUCCUCGGCCACGGCUAGAAACCUACUCCUAUUCCUAUAGACGUCUAACCUUCGAGAUAUAUGUACAUAUAUAUGAAUACUUUGCAUAAUUGCUUGUUCGGCUCCAGACUCAAAUGCAUAAACUGAGGGCUUCCAAGUGGG